AUGAAUCCGUUGCUCCAUAAAAUAUCACAACAGUCAGAGCAAGGGGUUAAAGAGAGAGAUAUUGAGAAAGAUGCCAUAGCCACAUGCCGUGGAAUGAGGGGAAUCGAACAGAGGAUCGUAGAAAAAAAUUUGGAAGGGCCUUGGGAUAAAUUGGAAACAUCGCUUGCUCCAAAGCUACAGCGUAGUUCAGAUGAUGAGCUCCCGGAGAAAUUAUCCUCAGCAGAGGUGAAACUUCUCCAGGAACAAAAAAAAUACCUCCAACGUGAGGUACAUCUCCUUUUGGAACAACAUGAUGUAAUGAUGAGCGAGAUACAGAAUCUCACGGUUCGUAUUGCUGAACUAUCAGCUGUCAAUAACGACUCAUUUAAGGGGACACAGGAUGCAAAUCCAGCUACUGCACGACCCAACAGUAGUAAUAGUAUGCUUCAAUUAUUUACAGAAAAGAUCAAGCGAGAGCAAAAGCUUAGCGGAGGAAACCACUAUGACGCUGAAAGCGGUCAUCUUCUGAGCGACAAGGAGUCAAUACUAUCUUUCAACUUGGAUCUGUCGCCUGAGAAUUCUCAUGAUUACUCCAAUCGUGGUAGCGCCAUGGAUUCAAUCAAGGAUAAAUAUCAUGAGGUCCAUGUAGAUGAAGGGGGAGGUCUCGUUCUAAGGAAAGUUAACAAGAGGGGAACACCGAAUACUAUCAGGAGUGUUGGAACUAUAUUUAACAAGUUUCUUGGAGAUGGUUCAAGUCUCAGUCAUGAAAACUCGAAUAACGCUGUAGAUCAGUUGAGCAACUCAGACGAUAGUGAAACCCGGUCUUUGGGUGAACUAUUUCCGGAGCGCCACUACUUUCUACAACACAAUUUUGUCCGUCCCGUGCGUUGUGAAUUCUGUGAAAAUAAAUUAUGGGGCCGUGAAUAUAAAUGUCGUGAUUGUGGGAUAGUAAUCCAUGGAAAAUGCAAAAGUGAAUCGAUCCCAGUGUGUUCUAAACGAAUUACGGACUCAAGUGCAGGUUGCAUGGACCUUGUUACUCCGACCCUAUCAAACGCAAGAGCCAUGUUUGGAACUAGUUUGACAGAACAACUGGAAUAUGAACAAAGUAACAUUCCCCUGGUCGUAGAAAAGUGUAUUGAGGCAGUGAAUAAGCGGGGCCUGGAAGUCGAAGGAAUCUAUCGUCGGUCAGGAUUGGCGGCAGAGAUAAAGCAACUUGUGCAAGCAUAUGAUAGUGGCCAACAGCCAGAUCUCUUAGACUCUACAUUAUUCCAGGACAUUUGUUCGAUCACAUCCGUUCUAAAACAGUACCUUCGCAGUUUACCGGAGCCUCUCAUCCCUUUUACCUUGUAUAACAGCUUCAUGGAUGCAGUCAGUCUCUCUCAGAAUAACGACAGGAUCCAGAUGUCUAGACAUCUGAUUGAACAUAUGCCCUACGCACACUAUCAGACGGUCAAGUUGUUAUUAGAACAUCUGAGAAAAGUGACCUUUCAUGAAAGAGUCAACCUCAUGACUGCCAAGAACCUUUCUGUAGUGUUUGGACCAACAUUGAUGCGAAAUCCCGAUCCGACCCGAGAGAUCGAGGAUAUGACAUUGAGAAACCUGGUGAUUGAGCACCUAAUAAUUAAUGUCCAUAAUCUCUUUGAUACAGCCGUUUCGAACGACGUCAAUGGAACUCUCUUGAGAGGUAAUGCCAAUAUCAGGACCGAUACGUCGCCCAAUAGUCUUUCUUCAGAGUCAAGUAUGGACACUGCUGAAGAUGCUUACUAA